CGAAGGCAAAUUCAUCUACCAUCUCUAGAAAGACAUGACGAUGAAAUCUGAACUUUUAAUACACUUCUUUGUCGUCGUAUAUAUCUAUCUGUUGCAAAAUAUUUAUUAGAAGAUCCACAGUGAAUAUUAUCGACACGCCUAAACUUUACAACCAUGGCGGCCAUCUUUGCGCCCGUGGCGUACUUCCUGUAGAGGAGGUACGCAGGGCAGGGCUGUUUUUGACUCACGUGACUGGCAUGUUUCACAUCUGCCGAUGCAGUCAGCAGGCAGAAAACUUACGGAGACGUCACACCUGCACAGGUAGUGUGAUUUGAACUGCUUUCCUUUUGAGAUUUCUUGUUGCAUUGCGUCAAUCAAAUUUGUUACAUGUGACUGUACACCACAAAUCAAUUACAUUAGAAUUAAUUACAUUAAUACAUUACGGAAUGCUGUUUAAACUUGGUUCGAUGAGAUUUUCACAAUUCAAGCAAAACUUUUCCGCUACUUUUACCUUUGCCCUAAUAACUCUAUACCUUACCUCUCUCUUUUCCCAUCUGUAGCUCACGGUCAACCGCAUAUGGUGGCCUGUCAGUCAUUAAAACCUCAGUGACCGCUAAGUUUACCUUUAAUUAAAUACUUGACUCGACCGUUUGGUUCUGGUCUUGAACCAGCCUGCUUUAAGGCACAUUAAACCUAAGAUAUUUUUCCUUGCCUACUUCAGCUUCCAAAAAUGUUUCAUCUUUUGAAAGUUCAAUAAACGGUGUCGAAAUCAACCGUUGUAUGUCCUCUAAAGCGCGGGUUGGUCUAUCUGUAUUGUAAUAUUGAUCAUAAUGGGUGCAACAUGUGCAGCAUGUAUGAGGAUAUGCCUCUGUAGACACACUGCUUUACAUCAAUAUUAAUUAAAGUGUUUACAGCCUUUGGACGGCUAAUAACAGUGUGUGUGUAUGUGGAACUAGUGCAAUGCAGGACACUUGGUGCUGAGCUAACUGUAGCAUUAGUGGUCAUCAUCUUUACUUGUUGGCAUUCUGUUGGGUAUCCUGCUGAAAUGCCUCGGUCAGCUUUGUCGACAUUAAAUAUGGACAAUAAGCAUCGCAUUUAACAUUUCACAACUUAUCUGUUUUAAUUUUCUGGAAGUACAAGCAUUCUUUAAUACUAACCAUCACCCACGGGCCUGCUUUUGCUCUACCAGGACGCAUACCUACAGAGCUGCACGUCUAUCACUGCAGUCAGCAGGCAGGGAAGCUACAGAGUCGUCUCACCUGCACAGAAAGAGAGCUCACCUAGCAGUGAUCGAGCGGUGAGACACACCUGACAACUGUUGCCUCAGUGACUCACGCUGGCUGAACAUGGCACACGCCGGACGAUGCUUCCUCAGAAGCAGCGACAUUGACCGUUAAUAACACCAAAAGGACAUGUCCUCGACACCCAUGGACUGCAAUCCACAACCUGAGUCUUCAGGACUUGUCAUCAGCCCGCGCAUGUCUCACUCGGACACAAGCAUGUCACUAAUAAGUAAGACACUGGACUUAACAGCAGCCGCCGAGUCUGGUAACUGGACUCUUCUCGACGAUUGGCUGAGCUCCGAUGACGUCACGAGAUGUGAUGUAGAACAAAGCUACAUACUCCACAGACUGGCAGCAGCACCGGAAGUCAGUCUCUCGCUUGCACGAGAUAUUUUAACGAAAAUAUUGAAACAUAAAGUAGACAUCAACAUGGUGGAUACAAACGGUGACACAGCUGUCGUGGUGGCUGCCAGAUGUGACAACACAAAGAUGGUGAUGGAGCUUCUAUCCCGACAGGCAGCUCUACCACCUGAUGUAACACACGUGUGUUCUUUCUUGCAGACUCUGACUAACAACUGGAAACCACAAGAGACGCCUUAUAUGCACGCGCUUGUUGUCAAACUGUUGUGGGACAGACUACAAGACACAGCACUACACAGCUGUCACAAACAGCUUCACCACACACUGGUCCGGCUGGCAGUCACGUUUCACACGUCACUUGUACGUGAAAUGUUUGUAACAGAACAACAAGUGAACACUGUAGACAGUGAGGGGAUGGCCGUGUUACACAGGUUAGCCAUGUUUGAUAGCGAUGACCAUGUCCGUGUUGUGCUCUUUCUCAUCAGCAAAGGUGCCAACGUUAAUCUACAGACCACGACAGGUGACACACCUCUACAUGUUGCUGCCAAACACAAGAGCUGGGCGAUAAUGGAGGUUUUGUUACACCGACAAGCCAAAAGUGAUGUGGUUGAUUGUGAACAACGUUCAGUUUUACACAAAAUGGCUUCUUAUGCUAACCCUAAAUGCUUCUCAGAAGUCAAUGACAUCCUUCCGUUGUUAUUCCAUAACAACACCGACAUCAACAAAAGGGACAGAGAAGGAAACACAGCCUUACACCUGGCAGCACUCGCCGGUAACAUGGGGUUUGUGAAGACAUUGUUACAUCAUGGUGCUCGUGCUGAUGGUGUUAAUGGCGAAAACAAAACAGUGCUACACAUGAUGGCGAUCAGUAGAAGUAAACAUCUUUUGAGUAAUGACUCAUGUAGGAACAUUUUGUCACUCAUAUUAAACAAAGGAGCAGAUGUUCACAGGACCGAUUGUUACGGGCACUUAGCUGUACAUCUUGCUGCAAAACAUAACAAAUGGGACUUUGUAGAAUUUCUGUCCAGAUAUUUAAGCGACCUUUCUCAUCCUGACCGUGAAGGAUUCAAUAUCUUGCACAGAUUUGCGAUACAAUCAUCCUCCAAACAGCUUCAUUUGUUUUACCAGCUGUGUCACAAGGUUGGUGAUAUAAAUGCAAGAAGUAGAAGCGGUGACGCAGCGGUACACCUGGCUGCUAAAUAUCAGAACUGGGACACACUGCAGAUGCUGGUCCAACAGGGCGCACUAAUCAACGAACCAGACAGUGAAGGUUGUUGCCUUUUUCAGAUAUUAGCUAAGGCAGGAAAAAUAGAGAAAUUGGCUUUCUGUUUGCUUAGGGAAGAGCAGGAAUUGUACUGUAACAGUCGUUUUUUGUAUAAAGCCAGAAAACUCACUACCGAACAGGUUUGGUCAGUUAUCGUAAAGUACAUGGGAAAUAUAAACCAGGUAGAUUCUGAGGGUUUGACUCUCGUUCAAAGACUUGUUAUGAGCAAAGAAGGUCAACUCCACACUUAUAUAUUCUGUCGCCUUCUUGAGCUCGGCGCUGACGUCACCUGUCGUGACGCAAACGGCGACACUGUGUGUCAUCUGGCGGCUAGAAAUGGCCACUGGGAGAUUGUCCGAUACCUUUUGGAGCUUGGAGAAGGAACGGACAACCUAGACAGCGAUGGUUUGUCAGUUCUUCAUAGAGCAGCAAAAGCAAAUACAGAAAUAGCACGAGAUGUGCUUUCCUACAUUCUACAACGGAAUCCUGACUUACACAAGCGAACAAGACAGGGAGACACAGCCGUACAUGUGGCCGCCAGAUGCCAACAAUGGGAGACUGUCAAGACCUUAACUAAACUCGGGGCAAACAUUUUUGACUACGAUAGUCAAAACACAAGCGUUCUGCAGAGAAUGAUUAGAUGUCCCUCUUCAAUCAGAAUCGAGCUAUCAAUUCUACAAAAUUCAACCGCAACAUACACAGCUCAACAGUUGACCAACUCACUUUUGUUAAAAGCAGCGCAAGUCUGUAGACUGAAUGUAGUUCGAUUUCUGUUGGAUCAAGGGGUUAGUAUACACCAACGUGACUCGGAAGGUCUUAGUCUUUUACAUCACAUAGCGAAAACAAGAGAAUAUUUCUCGAUCGACAUGACUGAACAUCUUGAAUACUUUCUGGAUAAGGGCAUUUGCUUGGAAGAUAAAUGUCCGAAUGGCAACACACCUCUACACUUGGCUGCUAAGUCUGAUAACUGGGAUUUGGUCAAUUAUUUAGUGGAGCAAGGAGCAAGCAUUCAAGACCCUGACAGUGAGGGCUUCUUUGUUCUCCAGCGACUGGCCAUGUCCAGCAGUUAUGAUGAGAAUCAGCGGGAAUUCCUAAGACUUGUCAUCAAAAAAGGAGCUGAUGUCAAAGCGCGUGACUCCAACGGAAACUCUCUGCUUCAUCUUGGUGGCAAAGCGAACAACUGGUCAUUUGUUUUACAUAUCAUACAAGAGUCUAAUAACCUAGAACCAGAAGAGCUUGACAAUGAUGGCUUCAACUUGUUGCAUAGGUUAGCACUGUUUGACGAGUGCUCAAAUUGGAUGGAGAAACUUUUGAACAAAAACUUUAAUUUAUGUGGUAAUGGCGACACUUGUUUGCUUCUGGCUGCAUAUUUUCUGGAUAAGGGCAUUGGCUUGGAAGAUAAAUGUCCGAAUGGCAACACACCUCUACACUUGGCUGCUAAAUCUGAUCAUUGGGGUUUAGUCAAUUAUUUAGUGAAGCAAGGGGCAAACAUUCAAGACCCUGACAGUGACGGCGUCUAUGUGCUCCAGAGAUUGGCCAUGUACAGUGAGUAUGGUGAGAAACACAUUGAAAUUCUUCGACUUCUCAUCACGAAUGGUGCAGAUGUGAACAUACUUGACUGCAAUGGUGACUCUAUUUUACACCUUAGCGCCAAAGCCAACAAUUGGAGUUUUGUUCGUCAGAUUAUCCAAGAGACAGGUGACCUUAUUACAGACGAGCUUGACAGUGAUGGCUACAACAUUCUGCACAGGUUAGCGCAAUCUGGGCACUCAGAGUUGGUAGAGGCUGUCUUGAACAAAGGAUGUAAUGUAGAGGCCUUGAGUAGAGAUGGCGACACCUGUUUACUUCUAGCUGCAAAGCGAGACAACUGGACCUUUGUAACGCGUGUACUGGGUCCCGUGUUCAGCAGAAAUACUUCUCCCAGUUUUGCGCAAGAUGCUCGAAGUAUAAGUCAAAUAAAUCUUAAUACAAGAGACCUACGUGGAUAUACGGUCUGUUAUCUUGCACUCAUAAGAAAACGGUGGGACCUCCUACGACGACUGGCAGAAUGGGGCUACAACAUGGACAUGGACAUCAUUGAUAACGAGGGGCUCGAUCUCCUGCAGACAAUGGCAUCAGAUAAUGCUUCUGAGCUCAAAACCCAUCGGAACUGGUGCAGAUUGUUAAAAUGCAUGAAAGAAAACAGGUUUAUAUUCACUCAAAAAAAUGGGCUUGGAAAUACGCCAUUUCAAACAGCCGCCAAGAAUAAAAAUAUUCUGGGGGUAAUCUGUCUUUAUUUUCAUUAUAAAGGUGGUGAAGACUUCAAUUCCACAGACAGCGAUGGACUGUCUCCUUUGUACAGACUUGUCGACAUACUAAAUAAGUCCAAAGAGGAUUUAAACUUUCGAAAGACGCUUGCACGCAUAAUACAAGAUAUUUUGAUAUCAUGUAAGGCACCUGAAAAAAUAUCUUGGGAUGGCAACACGCCUCUUCAUUUAGCGGCGAAGUGUAGUGAGUGGUUGACUGUCAAAAUGUUGCUGCAGCACGGAGCACGAGCUGAUGUGUGUGAUCUCGAAGGUUUCACCGUUUUACACAGAUUUGUUCAGUAUGUGACAGUGAGAAAAUAUUUAUGGCAGGAAUCUACAUUUUUUGUCACUAAAGCACUGUUCAUUAAAAAACUUUUACAGAGUGGCGCGAGUCUACAUCAAAAAAAUCUCGAAGGAAACACGCCCCUUCAUCUUGCUGUCCAGUAUCAGAAGUGGGAUGUAGCUACAGAGCUUGUUCACCUUGGGGCCGAGGUUAAUGAACUCGACUCUGAAGGGUACACCAUCCUCCAAAGACUGGCACAGGUACCAUAUCUCAGACAUGGACACUCGUGUGUAGUACUCAUUGAACUACUGCUUGAGAGAGGUGCUCGGUGCGAUAUUCCGUCAAAGCGCGGUGAGACUUUGUUUGACAUUGUAGUUGAAAAUAAAAACUGGAUCAUGAUGAAAUGUUUACUUACUCAGGAGAUGAUUGUAAUCAGAGAACACGACGACAAAUUUCUUUUGCACCGUUUCGUCUUCAGUUACAAUGGGGCUCUACACUCUGAUGUCUGUGACCUUCUGAUUGAGAAAGGAUUGUCUGUGAAUGCUGAAGAUUGUGAAGGCAACACACCACUUCAUGUCGCAGCUCGAGUAGGCAACUGGGACUUGGUAGCACACUUCAUAAGAAAGGGUGGUAGUGGAAGAAAGCCAGAUGGAAACGGCUUUUCCAUCUUGCACAGAUUUGUAACUUCUGUGAACACGUCUCAUGAGGACAUGGAAGAGGAUGAUUAUGAGGACAUGGAAGAGUACCUUGACACAUUAGAUGUCAUCCUUUCUUCAGGCGUUGAUGUAAACGCUACGGACCCCCGGGGUAACACAGCGAUACAUAUCGCAGCGAAACGACAGCUGCUUGAUAUUGUGAACCACCUGAUAGACAUCGUUGACAACCUCAACACCACAGACAGCGAUGGCUUUACUGUGUUACUAAGACUGGCACAAACACCACAUCCACAAUGUCUCCAUGUUUUACGCCGUCUGCUACAGAAAGGUGCUGACAUAAACUUCUGCUCGAUACAAGGUGAAUCAGUUCUUACACUUGCAGUCAAAAGCAACAACUGGCCUGUGGUACAAUUUCUUGUCAGCAGGGGUGUACAGUGUAGUGUACAGACUCUGGAGCAGCUCCACACUAUUCAUAGACUAAUAAAGUCUUCCUCUUCGACAUUUGUCGAGGACAAGCAAGUGAAGCUGAUGACAUUGCUGUCAAACAGUGGAUUGUCUAUAAACGUUCUAGAUCAGUGUGGAAAGACACCAGCAGAGCUGGCACUCAUACAUAAGAAAUGGAAACUGUUGAGAUAUCUUUUGAAAUCAAAAGCACACAUAAUUAGCAAAAGAGACUCAUUUUUUCAUGAUCUUGCUAGACACUGUAUCGCUGGCGACAUUUUUACAGAUAUUACACGACUUCUGGUUAUAUAUGGCUUGGACAUUAACCAACAAAAUAUUUUUGGUGUUACUCCUGUUCAUGUGGCAGCUGAUGAAGAGAACUGGGACGCUGUUAUAGUAUUUGUAGAGAACGGUGCACAUAUAAACAUCCUCGACAGAUAUGGGCGCAGCCUGCUUCAUACAGUUGUGGGUCAUCUUAGCUCGCAAGAUAGUAGGCAGCUGAACAAACUACAACUCCUAACCUUUUUGGUAGAACAUGGGGCAGACAUUAACAGGCGAAGUCAAAACAACAAAGCUGUUUUACAAAUAGCAGCUGCGAGAGAUGACUGGGAAACUGUGGGAGCGCUCAUUCAAUUAGGAGCUGAUUGUGAACUCACUCCCAGUGAAAAGAAGUCGGCUUUUAGUAAACUUCAUCUCUUUAGGUGGGAAAAUGUCGACGAGGAAAAGGUGUGUCGUUUUGUAAAUUAUAUCACAAAUGAAGUUUUUGACACCAAUGAUUCUUUCCAGAAAGAAGACAAAUGUGAUAAAAAGAAAAGUAUUUUGCAGAUGUGUCUAAAAAAGUCCAACUGGCCUAUGGCAAAGGCGUUGGUAGAAUGUGGAGCUGACGUGUUUCAGCUGUACACACAUCGGACUCUGUUAGAGUUUAUGAUGUCUGCAUAUUCAUACAGUAAUACAACAGCAUGGAUGUCUUUUCUUGACUCAGUGAUUGCAAAAGGAUUAGACAUCAACACUAAACUUAGAAAUGGAUCUGGAGUACUCUUCCACGAUGAGACUAUCAGAAGCAUAACUCGUGGAGAUAAAGUUAAUAGUCGUUUGUUUAUUUCACUGUUGGAGAGAGGAGCUAAUCCUCUGAUUGUUGACUCUAGGGGACAGACAUUACUUCAAACAGUACUAGAAUCCGAUAGAAGGAGUAUGCUAAGGGGUCUGAAGAAACUUAUUCCCGUUGGGGUAACGACACAUCAGCCGAGAUUUACUGAGGCCAUGUUACAGUCACAAAGUGGUUCCACCGCACAGACUGUGUCCCCAACAGAAAAGAUGAUCGAGGACAAGAAUUUCUGUGUCCUGAAGUUGUUGAUCGAAUCAGGCGCAAGUUCAAACGCAGAGUUAUUUCGUUUGAACACAGAAUACCAAGUGAAGCUGGCAGGACAGGCAGACACUGAUGACAAUAUUAGAGAGCUGCUUGAGGUGUUGAACAUGGCCGCCAGUCAACCUCGCUCACUGCAAUCUCUGUGUCGUCUGACUGUUUCUCACUGUCUUGGUUGUGGACCUGGAAGGACGGACAAACUCAAUAGCUUGAAUAUUUGUCCUCUAUUAAGAGAACUUGUCUCGUUUAACGACUUACUUUCCGAAGAUUUUUUUUUGCAGAUCGAUAAAGAUGACUCGUCGAGUUCGUCAAUCAGUGGUGAUAAAUAUUAUUAGUGGUAAUUUUUUUCUGGUAGCGGUAUCAGUGAUGAAACUUAUUGCUUAACACAUCUAAAAAAGUUCAGAAUGUUGUUAUUGAGACCUUCAUUGACUUUAGUCCCUAACUGUAUUCUCAGUCAUACAUGUAAUGUACGUAUUGGUACGAAAUUAAUUAAAACUUAAGUCGUCUUCAUUCAACAACAACACAGUGUUCCCAUAGUCUUGUACUUUAGACUACCGACACUUGCUAUACUUGUUUUGUCAGACAGACAUUGUUAGAGACUAAAUUGUAAGUGCUCAGCACAUGUCAAUCCUUGUAUUGUAUGGUACUAAACUCGAAAACUUCGUUUACUGUUUGUAAUUAGAUUCUAACAUGUUGUACAAAUGGUGUCUUUAAACAGCUGUAUGCUUCAGCAAACUUGUAGGUGUAGUAAAGGGGGUCACGUGAUGCCGCUGUGUUGACAAAAUCAACUGUCAUGUCCAGGCUGUUCAUAUCGUAUAAUAAUAAUAAUAAUAAGGAUAAUAUUAAGUACAACACAAUAGUUUUCAAUAUUCUUUAUGUAUAUGUUUACUUUUGUAAAUAUAAUUAAUGUGAAAAGAUGUGUAAAGUGGAAUGAUGGACUGUGUCUAAUGAUAUGUAAGUGAGAAAUCAUCCAAGAAUAUUAAUAAUAGCAAUCAUAAUAAUAAUAAUGGGUACUUGUAACGCAGUACAGCAUGAAGACCAAGAUAGAUGUAGAUGGAACUCUGCGCAGAUAAGUAGUGAUAAAUGAAGAAUGACAGACUGGAGGUGAGAUACGCAAGGUAUAAACUUUGUAAAUAGUAUUCUGUGUAUAAACGCUGUUGUUAAUUUGCAACACUACAAUUUAUAAACUGUUUUUGUUGAUAAAUGAAUCAUGUUUCCUUUUUUUUUUUUUUUUUUUUUUUUGCUUUUUUUUUUUUUUUUUUUUGUUUGAUUUUUGGGUUUUUUUUUGUUUUUGUUUAGGUAAGUAUAUCUUUAAGUUGUAUCUAAACGUACGAAAAUAUUCUUAAACUUUACACAUAACAUUAAAUCUCCCUAGCUGUCAAGAUGUUAAUCUGUGAUAUUUUGGCAACAUUUUGUGUGGAAAUGAAAAUGUUAAACUUUUGUCUUUUGGAGAUUUAAUGAUAUUGAAUGACACCAGAAGUCUUAUUGCUUCCUCCCUUCCUGCUCCGAUUGUGUGUUUGUAUGUGCUUUAGCAAGUCUCGUUGUUUCUGUCUGAACAGUAUUUCUCUAAAUAUGAAUUUUUUUGCGGAAAAAACUAUCCCACUCGCGCCUCAAUUUGUUCCAUAACGAGGCUCGUAUGGUUAAAAACUUGAACCUCGAAACUAAUUUCCCAAUUUAUCCGUUCCGCACAAAAAAUAUCCCUAUAAAGAUCAAUUAACAUUGUGUCUUAUGUAGAAUUUAAUCAACUUUUCCAACAAAUAACAAUGAAACUCGUGGAUUCAAUGAGUGGUAGACCAGCAAGAGCUUGAUAUUGUAAUCUCCACUUGCAAGUAAGCUAAUCCUUCAUUGGCUUGUGGCCUGGCGAAGAUUUCUUCUCUGCCAUGAUGUAGGUCCUCUCACUAGUAACUAGGGGCCGUAACCUAACCCAUCUACUUGCUGUCAAAGGACUGAACUGGGUUGGAAAUUUGUAAAAAAAAAUAAUAAUAAUAAUUUUUUUGUACUACUCUCUUUUUACCUUUGUUUACGAACAAUUGGUUUCGUUGUACAUUUCGUUUGCAUUCAGAAUCUUUAUCUUCAUGUGUUGGAAGUGUUUCUCAUAAUUUGUUUUCUCCUUUAUUACAAACUUUAGCUAUAGUUGUUAUUAUUCGUGUUACAUUUUCUUAAUUCUUUAAAAUCUUUAUGUAAUAAAAAAACUGACUUUCUAUUGUUUUCAGUAUAUUACAUUGUUUUUUUGAACAGAGGUCUCAUUGCGAAUGAAGUGAAAAUAAAUGAUUUAUAUGUUGCUGUUCUUUGACUAAGAUGUGCAAAACGUUGGUGACUAAUUGAAAUUCUUCACAUUAGAAAAGAGGGCGGUGUCAAAGUUUUCAUACUUUAAAUCACAAACACAUCUGACUUCUUUUUGUUGCUAUAGAUAAUUACAAAUAUAUCAUUUCAAGCUUUGGACAUACCUUCAUUUAAAAGAAUGCUCAAAUUAGUUUGUCAGCUGACGAACCAUGGAAUGAAAUGCAUGCAUUAGAACUAAAAUAAAGGGAUCUGAGACUAAAAUCAUGAAAUAAAGAGUAAAAUGAAGCUUGCAUGAAAUAUCUAAAACCAACAAAGUGACAACAAACUAUUGGCGGUGAUCUAGAGCAUAAAUGUAAACUGCUCCACACGCGCAAAAGAUUCCAAGAGUUUAAAAGAUUCUAUUUUCUGAAUUCCUAACAACAAAACAUCCCUGGUAGAAUGAUCGCUGACAAUAGAGCCAGAAGUGUAGUAUUUUUUUUAUUAUUUUUUUUUUUUUUUUGCUUUUUAACGACUUUAUUCUGAGUUAUUUUACUUAUCAUGAAAUGUCCAAGAUUUUAGGAUAUAUUUUUUCCUUGUUUCAUAAAUUUUUAUAUUGCAAAAAAAAGUUUGGAGUUUUGUGUAUAAUUGUAGCAUUGUUCAGAAUUUCUUUUUUUUUUUUUUUUUUUUUAAAUAACAUUUAUUUUCCAUUA